UCAAAGGUUUAUAAACGUUCCAUUAAAGACAACGUAAAUACAACGCUACUCUGUGUUUAGUUUUAAUAUUUUGAGAGAGGGUAUAUCGUAAAUGAAUUGAAAACCCAUUAAAAUAUUUUUUGCAUCCUAUAUUACAGCGCUGUAAACAACCCUCAGUUCACAACGUGAGUUUCGCCGGUGCAGACGCUUGUGUCUUGUCUUGCAAGUUUCCUCAUAAGCACAUAAUCUAAAGAUGCCUGAACCCGAUCACAUGGAGGAAGGUGAAGUUGAAACCUUUGCCUUUCAGGCUGAGAUUGCUCAGUUGAUGAGCUUGAUCAUCAACACAUUUUAUUCAAACAAAGAAAUCUUCUUGAGAGAAUUGAUUUCCAAUGCCUCUGAUGCUCUUGACAAAAUCCGUUAUGAAAGUCUCACAGAUCCUUCAAAGUUGGACUCUGGGAAAGAUCUUGAAAUACGCAUCGUCCCAGACAAGGAGAGCAAGACCCUCACCAUCAUGGACACUGGCAUUGGAAUGACGAAGGCUGAUCUUGUUAACAACCUUGGAACCAUUGCCAAAUCUGGAACCAAAGCUUUUAUGGAAGCUCUGCAGGCUGGAGCUGACAUUUCCAUGAUUGGACAGUUUGGUGUGGGUUUCUACUCCGCCUACUUGGUUGCAGACAGAGUUGUUGUGGAGACAAAACACAAUGAUGAUGAGCAGUACAUCUGGGAAUCUUCUGCAGGAGGCUCAUUCACUGUCAGAACUUGUUCAGAGAACACCAUUGGCCGUGGAACAAAGAUCACACUGUUCUUGAAGGAAGACCAAACAGAGUAUCUGGAAGAGAGGAGGAUCAAGGAAGUAGUGAAGAAGCACAGUCAGUUCAUCGGCUAUCCCAUCAAGCUCCUGGUGGAGAAGGAACGUGACAAGGAAGUGUCAGAUGAUGAAGAGGAAGAGGAGAAGAAGGAGGAAGAUAAGGCAGAGGAGAAGGAAGAAGAUAAACCCAAGGUGGAAGAUCUUGAUGAAGACGAGGAAGAUGAUAGCAAAAGCAAGGACAAAAAGAAAAAGAAGAUCAAGGAGAAGUACACAGAGGAUGAGGAACUGAACAAGACAAAGCCUAUCUGGACAAGAAACCCUGAUGACAUCACACAGGAGGAGUAUGGCGAGUUCUACAAGUCACUGACCAAUGACUGGGAAGACCAUUUGGCUGUGAAGCAUUUCUCAGUGGAAGGACAGUUGGAAUUCAGAGCUCUUCUGUUCAUCCCAAGGAGGGCUCCGUUUGACUUGUUUGAGAACAAGAAGAAAAAGAACAACAUCAAGUUGUAUGUACGCAGAGUAUUUAUCAUGGACAAUUGUGAAGAACUGAUUCCCGAGUAUCUUAACUUUGCACGGGGUGUGGUUGACUCUGAGGAUUUGCCUCUGAACAUUUCAAGAGAAAUGCUCCAGCAAAGCAAAAUUCUUAAAGUGAUCAGAAAAAAUCUUGUGAAGAAGUGUAUCGAAUUGAUCGAAGACCUGACAGAAGACAAAGACAACUACAAGAAAUUCUAUGAACAGUUUGCUAAAAAUCUUAAGCUCGGUAUCCAUGAGGAUUCAACAAACAGAAAGAAGCUUGCAGAUUUCCUGAGGUACUACUCUUCACAGUCUGGAGAUGAAAUGACAUCACUCAAAGACUAUGUUUCCAGAAUGAAGGAAAAUCAGAAAUCCAUCUACUACAUCACAGGAGAGAGCAAGGAAGUGGUUCAGUCGUCCGCUUUUGUGGAACGCGUGAAAAAGAGGGGAAUGGAAGUAAUUUACAUGGUUGAUCCCAUUGAUGAGUACGCUGUACAACAGUUGAAAGAGUAUGAUGGUAAACCAUUGGUGAAUGUAACCAAGGAAGGAUUGGAACUUCCCGAGGAUGAGGAGGAGAAGAAGAGAUUCGAGGAACAGAAGGCAGAGUACGAGGGAUUGUGCAAAGUCAUGAAGGAUAUCCUUGACAAGAAAGUUGAAAAGGUAGUGGUAUCUAACCGUCUGGUGACAUCUCCUUGCUGUAUCGUAACGAGCCAGUAUGGUUGGUCAGCAAACAUGGAAAGAAUCAUGAAAGCACAAGCACUCCGUGACUCGAGCACCAUGGGAUAUAUGGCAGCCAAGAAACAUCUCGAGAUUAACCCAGAUCACUCCAUCAUCAAGUCAUUAAAGGAUAAGGCUGAGGCAGACAAAAAUGACAAAUCAGUGAAAGACUUGGUCAUGUUACUGUUUGAAACAUCACUUCUUGCCUCAGGCUUCAGUCUGGAGGAGCCAGGAACACACGCCAGCCGAAUCCACAGAAUGAUCAAGCUUGGUCUCGGAAUUGAUGAGGAUGAGACCCCAGAAACGCAAGAACCCGUCACAGAAGACAUGCCACCUCUGGAGGGAGACGAGGAUGAUGCAUCCCGAAUGGAAGAAGUUGAUUGAGUGUAUAGAACAAACUUUUAAGACUGCAAGUCUCAAAAAUGUUGAAAGCAAAAGAUACAUUUCUUGUUCACUGUAAACAUGUCAAUCCAUUAUUUCAUUUUUGUUUCGUUACAUGUGUUAUUACCGGUAACUCGUCGUUUGUAAAUUUUUGGAUAUGUGAAAUAAAACUAAUUAUGGA